AUGGCCGCCGCCGCCGCCGAGGUCGGGCCGAUGAUGGAGAAGGUGGCGCUGGAGUGCGGCGGCGACAUCUCGGCGUCCCAGGAGGACAUCCUCGCCAACUCCCCCUUCCUCGGCGCCGCCAACGCCCCCUCCGCCUCCGCCUCAGCCUCGCAAGCGCGGGGGGCCGAGGACGAGGACGACGAGGAGGUCUUCGCCACCCCUCCCGAGCUCCCCCAGCAAGAGCCCAUCACCAUGUGCAGCCUCCCCUUCACCCCCAGCCCCUCCCAGCCCCACUCGCCCUCGCCGCCUCCCUCCGACGACGACGACGCCGCCAGACCUCGCCGGAAGCCUAGGGUUUGCACCAGGAAGGUCAGGGGCGCCAAGUUCAGCACCCCGGCCCCGGCCCCGACCCCAACCCCGAGCCCCAAGCAACAGCCAGAGCAACCACCCCGUGCCAUCGUCGAUCCUCUCUACAGGGCGAUGCUCAUGAUCCCCACCGCCACCGCCGCCGGCGCCGCCGCCAGCAAGCAGGAUCCCUUGGAGGACUUCCUCGCGCUCGCCCGCCAGCGCGGCAUCUUCUAG